AUGUCUGAUUCGUUAUUUUCCGCCCACGACUUCUCCAAAGAAGUCGCAGUUUCUCAUCUUCCCUUGAAACCCAACAUCAUUUGCGAUAGUAUUGCUGUAAAGGGAAGCAACGGGAAUGCCAACUAUUCCAAAGUGUUUCGCAACAAGGCGAUACCCAACAGGAUCGUCAAAACCAUUCAUCCCGACUUGAACACUCAUCACAAGUUGUUUGCUAAUGCUGCUGAAUUGUUUAAGAAUAAACCGUGUCUUGGAGCCAGACCAUACGACUAUGUCAACAAGAAAUCCGCUCCUGAGUUCAAGUACUUCACUUACGGCGAAGUCAACGAGAAGAAGAAGAGGAUCGGGGCUGGUUUUAUACGAUCCUUAUUAGCCAAUCCAUUCAAGAACUCCGAAUUGGUGGCUCACAAGAAGAUCGACCACCAUUUACGUGAUUGGAUGAACUAUGGGACAAAGUCAACCGGGAGAAACAAUCCCGAUUUUGAAAUUGAAAAGGCUAAUUCGUUCAUCUUGUCCAUCUUUGCUUCGAACCGUAUGGAAUGGAUCUUGUCUGAUUUGGCGUGCUCGUCGUUUUCAAUCACAAACACAGCCUUGUAUGACACGCUAGGUCCAGAAGUUACCCAGUACAUCUUGGAAUUAACCGGGUCCCCUAUGAUUGUCUGUUCGAUGGACAAGAUUCCCCAGCUUUUGGACUUAAAGAAGAAGUUUCCUAAACAGCUUGAAAACUUCAUUUCUAUAGUGAGUAUGGAUCCAGCUGAGUUAAUCCCUACUGAAUCAUUCGAACUUGCUUAUGAAUUAAGAGUCACCAUUCAAGAUUUGCGCCAAAUUGAAGAAAUUGGGGGAGAAAACCCCAUUAAGGAACUCGCACCCAAUCCAGAUACGUUAUACACGAUCUCUUUCACUUCAGGAACAACCGGCUCUAAACCUAAAGGGGCCAUGAUCCCACAGUCUAUGGCGGCAGCAUAUAUCAGUUGUUUGCUAUGUUUUGAACCCCAUGCUGGUCCUAACGACAAAGCAUUCAUUUUCUUGCCGUUGACUCAUAUCUACGAGAGAGAAACUAGUUCGUUUGCUUUAUGUGGUGGAUAUUACCUAGGAUUCCCUCAGUUGACAAUUGGCAGAAAGGAUGUAAACUCGUUCAAUGAUUUAAUUGAUGAUUUACGAGUAUUUAAGCCAACAUACUUUUCCAUCGUUCCCAGAUUGCUAACCAGAUUGGAAGCGUUGAUCAAGGUCAAGAUCAAAGAAUUAAACCCUAACGAUCAGGAGAAAGUCAACAAGAUCAUCCACUAUAAGCUUCAGGAACAAAGCAAAGCUGAUGGCUCCACUGGAUUUGACUUCACAUUUGACAAUUUCGGUCCGUACAAGGAGCUUCGCCAGUUUGUGGGAUUUGACAAUAUCAAAUGGGUGCAAACCGCUUCGGCACCUGUAGCAGCAUCUACUUUGAUAUUUCUCAAGGCCAGCUUAAACAUUGGAAUCAGACAAUUGUACGGUUUGACGGAAUCAGGCGGGGCAAUCACUGCCACCGACGCGUAUGAGCUGAAUCCGGGAUCUUGUGGAAGCAUUGGCCCUACAGGAGAGUUCAAGUUGAGAAACGCGAGAGAUAUGGGCUAUAACAUCUCAGAAUUGAAAGGGGAGUUGUUGUUACGUGGUCCUCAGAUCUUCAAGGGUUAUUAUUACAAUAAAGCCGAGACAGAUGUUGUAUUUAAUGAAGAAGGGUGGUUCCACACUGGUGACAUUGCCAGUAUUGAUGGAAAAACCGGGAGAAUCACGAUUAUUGAUCGGGUCAAGAAUUUCUUCAAGUUACAACAAGGUGAGUAUAUUUCUCCCGAGAAGAUUGAAAAUCGAUACUUGUCUUCCAACCCCAUGAUUACUCAGUUGUAUGUCCAUGGUGAUUCAUUGAAAUCGUACUUGGUUGGGAUUGUCGGUAUUGAAUAUGAAAAGGGGUUGAAGUUUCUUAAUGAGGAGUUUGGAUACAAUAAAAUCGCCAUGUCUUCAGAAGAAUUACUCGAGGAAUUAAACAAGGUGGAGACCAAGAGUAAGUUCUUGCAUAUUAUGAAUAAAAACGUCAAAGAUAAGUUGAGCGGAUUUGAAAUCUUGCACAAUAUUCAUAUUGAGAUCAACCCAUUGACGGUUGAAAGAGAUGUGGUUACUCCUACAUUCAAGAUUAGAAGACCGGUAGCUUCCAAGUUCUUUGCCAAGGUGUUUCACAGAUUGUAUGAGAUUGAACAGUCUUUAGUUCUUGCUGCGAGAUUAAAAGCGGCCAAGUUAUAG